CCUCAUCUGCUGUGAUGAUGAAUGGAUGUGAGACUUUAUGUCCACUUAUAAGACAAGCGUGUGCAAUAGUGUUAGCAGUAUAAACCUUAAUGUUUUUUGGCAUACUCGCCAUGCGUCUAUAAUUCACUUUCUACAACUCCAGCUCUUAACACAGUGAUAAACCAGUAUGCUCGGGAGGGGAAAAGACUGGUGGGGACGUUGCUUGGCGACAAGAGCUCCCAUGUUUGUCAACAGCUAUCUGUUACACUAGCUAGCUGGGUUAGCACAUAUUUCUUGAUUAGAAAAACAUGUAUCUUGUCUGAUUAUCUGAGCGCUGUUACUGCGCUUUCGUGACGACUAACUCCACUGGCCAUGAUUCUGUCCAGAGUAAAGCCAGCAGCUGUUGGUGGGGAGAUCCCAGUAAAUAAGAAGACAAAAGAAAAAAAGCCACCGCUUGUCGAGGACUUCCUAGUUCAAAGAGACUAUCUGGGGGCCAUUACAUUGUUGGAGUUUCAGCGCAAUGUUGGCGAGCGAGGGGAGGAUGCAGACCUGUGGUUGGCCUACUGUGCUUUCCACCUUGGUGACUACAAGAGAGCCAUGGAGGAAUACAAGGCCCUGACAGACAAACCAGACUGCCGCCCGGAUGUGUGGGUCUACCUGGCCUGUACUCUCUUCUUCCUGGGGCUUUACAAAGAAGCAGAGGAGGCUUCACGCAAGGCCCCUAAAUGCCAGCUGCAGAAUCGAGUACUGUUCCAUUUGGCUCACAAGUUCAAUGAUGAGAAGCAGCUGAUGGGUUUCCACCAGGAGUUGGAGGAUGUGACAGAGGACCAGCUCAGCCUGGCCUCCAUCCACUACAUGCGCUCCCACUACCAGGAGGCCAUCGACAUCUACAAACGUAUCCUGCUGCAGAACAGAGACUUCCUGGCCCUGAAUGUGUAUGUGGCUCUGUGCUACUACAAGCUGGACUACUACGAUGUGUCCCAGGAGGUGCUGGCUGUUUACCUGCAGAGCGUCCCAGACUCCACCAUCGCUCUCAACCUCAAGGCCUGCAACCACUUCAGGCUCUACAACGGAAAAGCAGCAGAGACUGAGCUGGAAAACCUGAUAGAUAUCUCCUCCAGCUCCUUUGAGUUUGCCAAGGAGUUAAUCCGACACAACCUGGUGGUGUUUCGUAGUGGGGAGGGGGCCCUGCAAGUGCUGCCUGCACUGAUUGAUGUCAUUACUGAGGCUCGUCUCAAUCUGGUCAUCUACUACCUCAGACAAGAUGAUGUCCAGGAGUCCUACCAGCUCAUCAAAGACUUAGAACCCACCACACCACAGGUUCAGGGCAGUGUUAGUCUUAAUGUACAUCAGCGUACAGAGUACAUCUUGAAGGGGGUUGUGAAUGCUGCACUCGGACAGGAGAUGGGGUCGAGAGAUCAUUUGAAGAUUGCUCAGCAGUUUUUCCAGCUGGUUGGUGGCUCAGCUAGCGAAUGUGACACCAUCCCUGGCAGACAGUGCAUGGCUUCUUGUUUCUUUCUGCUCAGGCAGUUUGAGGAUGUGCUCAUCUACCUCAAUUCUGUCAAGAGUUACUUCUACAACGAUGAUGCCUUCAACUUCAACUAUGCACAGGCCAAAGCUGCUGUUGGCAACUACAGGGAGGCAGAAGAGAUCUUCCUGUUGAUUCAAAAUGACAAGAACAAGAGUGACUAUGUGUACCUGAGCUGGCUGGCACGCUGCUACAUUAUGAACCAGAAGGCCCGUCUGGCCUGGGAGCUCUACAUGAAGAUGGAGACCUCAGCAGAGUCCUUCAGCCUCCUGCAGCUCAUUGCCAAUGAUUGCUACAAGAUGGGCCAGUUCUACUACUCAGCAAAGGCAUUUGAUAUCUUGGAGAGAUUGGACCCCAACCCUGAGUACUGGGAGGGCAAAAGGGGAGCCUGUGUGGGUAUCUUUCAGCUAAUUUUGGCAAGCAGAGAACCCAGGGAGGCUUUGAGGGAAGUGCUGCCCUUGCUGAGGAACACUGGGAAUCCUCAGGUGGAAUACAUCAUCAGGAUUCUGAAGAAAUGGGCCAAGGACAACAGGGUUUCUCUGUGAUGUUAUGAUUCCUUAUGUAAGAAUGCAUAGCCUAUAUGAAGAAAAGGGUCCUUUGGGCAAACUGACAGUCAAAUGCAAAACUUCACCAUAAGUGCCAGUUUGUUCAUUAUUCAUUAAUCUCUUUCCUGUUUGUUAUUUUGCUAGUACAUUGUAUUGGUGUCGAUUUUAUGCACAUUUAUUCUGUACAUACUUUCCUAUGUGUAUAAAUAUUUAAAUCUUA